GUUUUCGGUUUCGAUUUGACUGUCGUACCCUAUUACAACAAUGAGCGCAACAAGCAUAGCAACCGUGCUUGUGCAAGGGGCCAGUCGUGGAAUUGGCUUGCAGUUCUGUAGGACGCUAUUGUCCAGGCAACCAAAUACAUGCGUGAUAGCCACGUGCAGAAACCCCAACCAGGCAGAUGACUUACAGAAGCUGCUAGCAGACGAACCAGAACGCCUGCAGGUGCUUCAGGUUGAUGUCACUGAAGAGGCGAAAAUAAAGGCUGCAGCAGAAGAAGUUGGUAAGCGGCACGGGCGUCUGGACCUCCUCAUCAACUGUGCUGGUGUUCUCCACCCAAGUGGCCGCGGGGAAACCAGUCUCCGGGAUGUCAAUAUGCAGGGAUUGAUGGAGACAUGCAGAACAAUCGCCUUUGGCCCUCUUCUGAUGGGCAAACAUUUUGGCCAGCUACUGACCAAAGGAACUGCCAUGUUUGGAACACACCAGCCAGACUGCAAGCGAACACACUCCGGCAUUAUGGCAAACAUAUCUGCCAAAGUUGGAUCAAUCACUGACAAUGGUCUUGGUGGUUGGUACAGCUACCGGAUGUCGAAAGCUGCUCUCAACAUGGCCACAAAGAAUCUCAGUAUCGAGCUCGGACGGGGCCGGACUCCGGUCAUCUGUGUUUCCCUGCAUCCCGGCACAGUAGACACUGACCUCUCUCGACCUUACCAUAAAAAUGUCAAGAGCCUUUUCACCACAGAAGAUAGUGUGAAGAAACUGUUAUCAGUUGUAGAUAGCUUGACUGUUGAUGACACAGGAAAGUUUUUUACUUACAACAAGGAAUUGUUACCAUUUUGAUAACACUAUUCAAUAUUAUUGUUAUUAGAUGAAGCCAUUUUCUAGAAAUGGAUCUCAAAUGGACUCACUCAUGCUUUGUAAAAUGCACUUUUUUAUGACAAAAUAAAGCGUGGCUUAUUAGUAGGAUUGUUCAAACUAAGAUUAUAACUGGAUCCCUUCAACAAAUUUUAUAUGAUUAAGCCAAACUACUGUCUGUUAAGGCCUUAAGACUGUAAAAACAAGAUAAUUUUCAAAAACUUACUUAGUAUUUAUAUUGUCAUGUAAAUCGCAUUGAAUUUUACUUGCUGAUGUAUCACAUUGCAUACAGCAUGCGUCUUUUGCAGUUAAACCAAUUCCAAAUAACUUGGGUUAUCUGCCUCGUAAAUUCACAUGAUUAUAAUACAAAGAAUGGACAUUGCAAGGAAGUGAUGCAAAACAACGUAGACAAAGAUCCUAACAGAUCAACAUUGAAAUUGAUUACUGGAAACUUUUGAAAGAACCUUAUUCUGCUGAAAAUGACAGCAAAUUGCUUAAACACUUAUUGACAGUUAAGUGUGUGCAACGAUAACAUGCCUUGAAAGGUGUAUGUAAAAACCAUUCCACACUUUUUUAAAACAGGGAACCUCAGUUGUGACAGUGACAUGAUUGUAGCGUUUAUUAUUUAAAUCAUAUAAAAUGAUGUAAUAUGCUCUCAGAUCAUACAAGUCUGAAUUUUUUUAUGGAAUUACUGUAUUUGCCAGUUUCAGAAACAUCUGGGGGUUUUUAAAGGUUAAAUUCUCUCACAGUUUGUGUAAGAGUCCUUAUCGGCGAGCUGUUCCCAGCAUGGGUUCGCUC